AUGACAUUGUAAUCAAAUUUGAAGUGAUAUGUAAAAAUUUUAUUAUGUACAAUUUGUCAAACUAGGAAGAGUAUUUAUUUUAUAUGUGUUUAGGAACAAAAAUAUAAUAUGCUAAAUUUACUAAAUAUUGGCUUUUAUUUCGUCGCUUUUUCGAUAUGGCCUUGCGUUUCCAUCAAUGCUUAUUAUUAUUGUGAUAAGCAAGAAGAGUUAUGUGGCGAUAGUAAGCAUUUUAUGUGUGAUCCAGAUGAUGUGCCUAGGGAAGGCGAACUCCUUGGACUUCUGCCAUUGACACGCAAAAUUAAACGUAUGUAUGUCGAACGACACAACGAGUACCGCAACAAACUGGCAGGGGGUGAACAAUCUUUCAAAGGAGGUGGAAAAUUUCCAAUAGCUACGCGCAUGCGUGAAGUAAUAUGGGAUAACGAAUUAGCCUAUAUAGCUGGCCACCAUGCAAAACGCUGUAAUCUCGAGCAUGAUGCCUGCCAUUCUACUAAGCGAUUUCCGGGCUCCGGUCAAAAUCUUUUUAUAAUGGGUUUAAGUGGAAAGCCAGAAACGGUAGCAGAUGUGGUAGAGACAGCGGUGGAUGGUUGGUGGGGCGAAUAUGAAAUGGUGAAUGAUGGAAAUGCAAUGGCUGACGAAUUUCCAAACGGCGCUGAAGACUGGGCUAAUAUCGGUCAUUUCUCUGCUAUUGCAAAUGAACGUGCAGCUUUCGUCGGAUGUGGUCUGGCGCUUUGCCAAAAUUGUUCGUUUGGAGAUUAUUGUAUUGAGGUUACAUGUAAUUACUCAAUAACUAAUAUAGCAGGCACAUUCAUGUACAAGAAAGGUGAUUCAUCAGCAUCCGAAUGUGAUUUUUAUGAUAGUGUACCGAGUAGUAAAUAUCCUCAUCUUUGUAAAAAUAAAGGGAAAAUAUUUGAAGAAUAGGAUGAAAAUAAAUCUGCAUUAACUGAAACUCAA